GUUGCCGACAGUUGUCGAUGAAAAAGCGCCUUUGACAUGGUUCUUUUCGGAAUAUUUGAUUCUUUUUCGAAGUUUUCAACAAAUAAAUGAAAAAUUGGAACCUGAAGUCACGAAUUCGUAAAAGAUAAACAAAUUUAAUAAAUAUAAUUGAAAAGAGGAUCAAGUAGAGAGAAGCCACGAUGCAAAGUUUAACGAAAUGUGUGCGAGGCUUGCUUAGCGGGACACCUCUAAAUCAAUUCCUUCAACCAAAUUUAGCCAGCUCUAAGCAAAUUGCAGCUGGUUAUAUGACCAGAUUUGAAAAACAUAACGAGAAAUUUUACCCUAUUCAAGCUCAUGGGGAAGAAAGAAGACCUGCAUUCGUUUGUCACGUGAAAAGACAUUUAAAAUACAGUCCGAAGAAUAUGUGGUAUGUGGCAAAUUUGGUACGGGGUAUGUCUGUCGAUGAAGCUCUUAAGCAAAUAAGUUUCGUAUUAAAAAAAGGUGGAGCUUUUGUAAAAGAAGCAAUCGAAGAAGCCCAAGAAAUGGCUGUGAAGGAUCACAACGUGGAAUUUAAGAGCAACCUGUGGGUUUCGGAAUCAUUUGUCACCAAAGGAAGAGUAAUAAAAGGCUUGAGAAGACAUGCAAAACAACGGCAUGGAGAAAUUCGAUAUAUUUAUUGCCAUUAUUAUGUCACGCUUGAAGAGGGAAAGCCACCAGAAAACUAUUACUUAACUGGACAAAAGACGAAGGAACAAUUGCUCGAAGAUUUUAAGGAAGGACUGAGGAAGCGCAAAGUUUACAACAGUUUGUAAAUUUCUAAUUGUAGUUCAUAAUUUAACAAAUAUACUGGCUAAUUUUAUGAAAUUUUCAGAAUUUUAAUGAAUUUGUAUCAAUCUUAUAUCUGCUGUAAUCUAAAGUAGAUUGAAAUAAUUAAUAAAUGUAGUUUGAAAAUUUUAAUUGCAAAAAUUUGGAACUCGCAUGUAACCAAAUUGUCAAGAAACUUUGGGACUCGAGCGUUCUCGGAGUUGGAAGGUUUGCAAUUUUUAAACUAUAAUACACAAUUUCGUUGAAAAAAGCAGUUUUCUUGUAUAGACGUUCAAAGGAAUUCAAAUUCGAUUUAAAAUCA